AUGCCGCGCUCCUUCCUGGUGAAGAAGAUCAAAGGGGACGGCUUCCAGUGCAGCGGGGCGCCGGCCCCCACCUACCACCCCUUGGAGACUGCCUACGUGCUGCCUGGCGCCCGGGGGCCUCCCGGGGACAACGGUUACGCCCCGCACUGCCUGCCUCCGAGCAGCUACGAUGCCGACCAAAAGCCUGGCCUGGAGCUGGCGCCGGCAGAGCCCGCGUACCCGCCGGCGGCGCCGGAGGAAUACAGCGACCCCGAGAGCCCGCAGUCGAGCCUGUCGGCGCGCUACUUCCGCGGGGAGGCGGCCGUGACCGACAGUUACUCCAUGGACGCCUUCUUCAUCUCGGACGGGCGCUCGCGGCGGCGCCGGGGCGGGGGCGGCGGGGACGCGGGCGGCGCCGGGGACGGUGGCGGCGGCGGUGGCGGCGCCGGGGGGCGCGCGGGGCGCACGGGGGCGUCGGCGGGCGGCGGGCACCGGCACGCGUGCGCCGAGUGCGGCAAGACGUACGCCACGUCGUCGAACCUGAGCCGCCACAAGCAGACGCACCGCAGCCUGGACAGCCAGCUGGCGCGCAAGUGCCCGACGUGCGGCAAGGCGUACGUGUCCAUGCCCGCGCUCGCCAUGCACGUGCUGACACACAACCUGCGCCACAAGUGCGGCGUGUGCGGCAAGGCCUUCUCGCGGCCCUGGCUGCUGCAGGGCCACAUGCGCUCGCACACGGGCGAGAAGCCGUUCGGCUGCGCGCACUGCGGCAAGGCCUUCGCCGACCGCUCCAACCUGCGCGCGCACAUGCAGACGCACUCGGCGUUCAAGCACUACCGCUGCCGCCAGUGCGACAAGAGCUUCGCGCUCAAGUCCUACCUCCACAAGCACUGCGAGGCCGCCUGCGUCAAGGGCGCCGAGCCGCCCCCGCCGCCCCCCGCCGGCGCGGCCAGCUGA